UCGAGCCGCGCACCGUGCCUGACUUGCACAGGCACCAGAAGUCAACCAGAGAAUUUCUGCCACAGCUGAUUCCGUCGCCAUCUUUGUCGCGAACAUAAACAACAUCAGCGAGUCGCGUUGGCACUCGGGCGCACCGCUGGCCCCCAGUGUGUCCGCCGCGGCGCUGGUGUCCCCCCCCCCCCGACGACGAUGACGGUCGACCUGCUCCCCUGAGCCUCCGUGUCGGCCGAGAUGGGGCUCCAGUGCGGACUUCCCCGCCGGGAGGAGGUUUAAACGGGGGUGGGGGCGGGGAGGGCAGCACAGCGCAGCGCAGGGGCCUUCGCUGCCUGUGAGGAGAUGGACCAGGAGUACGAGAGACGGCUGCUGAGGCAAAUCAACCACCAGAACCUGCCGACUGAGGCCCGCCUGUCAAAGUGUGUGAGUGCUACCUGCAGUCCUGUCAGCGUGAAGUCAGGGGACCGCUUCAUCCCCACCCGCGCUGGAAGCAACUGGAGCAUCAACUUCCACUACGCCAACGAGAACUGUCGCUCCCCAAAUCAGACCCAUAAAGCAAAGGAUGCCAGUUCAGAUUCGAGCAAAGAUGCUGUAGCGUACGCUGCCCUGCUGAGGAACGAGCUCCUGGGGGCAGGGAUAGAGACUGUGCCGGACGCUCACACAGACGACCGCCGGCAUGCAGUCCUCUCUCAGGACUCUCACGGCCUUUUUAGGUACACUGUCCACACUAAGAGAGUGCCUUUCGAUAGCGAUAAUGAAGUCUCGCCGUACUCCCUGUCUCCACUUAGUAACAAGAGUCACAAGCUGCUCCGCUCCCCUCGUAAACCAGCCCGGAAGAUCUCCAAGAUCCCCUUCAAAGUGCUGGACGCUCCGGAGCUGCAGGAUGACUUCUACCUCAACCUGGUAGACUGGUCGGCGGGCAACCUGCUCAGCGUCGGCCUGGGAGCCUGCGUCUACCUGUGGAGCGCCUGCACCAGCCAGGUGACAAGGUUGUGUGACCUGUCAGUGGACGGGGACUCCGUUACAUCAGUUUGUUGGAAUGAGAGGGGGAGUCUUGUCGCUGUCGGAACCCACAAGGGUUACGUUCAGAUCUGGGACGCUGCGGGAGGGAGGAAACUGACCAGUCUGGAGGGUCACUCGGCACGUGUAGGUGCCCUGGCGUGGAAUGGAGAGCAGCUGUCGUCGGGGAGUCGGGACCGAGUGAUCCUCCAGCGGGACGUCAGAACCCCCCCUACCGCCGAGAGGAGGCUGCAAGGUCACAGACAAGAAGUGUGCGGUCUCAAGUGGUCUCCUGACCACCAGCACCUGGCGUCUGGAGGCAACGACAACAAGCUGCUGGUGUGGAACAGCUCCAGCCUUCUCCCCAUGCAGCAGUACAGCGAUCACCUGGCAGCAGUGAAGGCCAUCGCCUGGUCGCCACACCAGCACGGGCUGCUGGCGUCAGGUGGCGGCACCGCCGACCGCUGCCUGCGCUUCUGGAACACGCUGACGGGUCAGGCGCUGCAGAGCACCGACACCGGCUCGCAGGUGUGCAACCUGGCCUGGUCCAAACAUGCUAACGAACUGGUGAGCACUCACGGCUACUCUCAGAACCAGAUCCUGGUGUGGAAGUAUCCAUCACUAACACAGGUGGCCAAGCUGACAGGACACUCGUACAGAGUGCUCUAUCUGGCUGUGUCACCAGAUGGGGAGGCCAUCGUCACAGGAGCCGGGGAUGAGACACUACGUUUCUGGAACGUCUUCAGUAAGACACGCUGCACCAAGGAAUCAAAGUCAGUGCUGAACCUCUUCACGAGGAUACGAUAGUGAACAGCCAGGACAGUUCAGGACUGCGACAGUGUGCUGAGCCGUGGUUGAAAUGCACAGAGAGUCACUGACGACACUGACAGACUAGAUCCCUCUCAUCUCAGCACCACCUCUCAGUGCACCGACCACCACGACCGCACUCCUCAGAUCCACUUUUUCUACACAGGAUCCAAACUUCCAACAACUGCCAUCCCUCACAGUGAUGUCACUGAUUUAAAAAAAAAAAUGAACAGUCUGUUGUCAGGA